AUGUCCAAAAGCCUUCGCUCCAAGCUGUGCCUUGGCUUAGUAGCGGUAAAAACUUGGAACGGCCUCUUCGCCGAUUUGGAGAUCUUCAGGGUUUCGGCGUCACUUGGAUGUUUAGACACGUGGGAACCAGGAAGCCUUUCAGUGACAAUGAAGCCACCGCGUGAGCAAGGGCCGAGGAUAAGCAGGUCGGACCGCGCCCCAAAAGUCUCAUCCGAAGCAUUUCAGCACCCCUUGGUCUUGGGCUUCCCAUGUAACUGCAGCAGCUACGCACAUUACACACACAAGUGUUCUCAUGACUCGUUUAUCCUUCCGACCAUGCGCCAGGCAGUGCGUGUUUUCUUCCGGUUCGUAUCGCAGCUUGCCCCAACACCAUUGGCAUUCGUGAUCUCAGCGCCCGACGAGCGCGCAAUUAGUGGCUUAGUCCAGUCGCCGUCCUACCCCUUGCCUGUAAGAAUGCGACACGUCGGCCGAUGGCUGUGUACAAUUAUACGCGCUUGA